AUGCUUCAACGUACCAAGUAUAACCGCUUCAGGAAUGAUUCGGUGACAUCAGUUGAUGAUCUUAUUCACAAUUUGUCCAUGAACAGCAAGGUCUCAGCAGUUUCUGCGACUUCAGCAACACCUUCGUACCUGGUCUCGACAGAUGUUCUCCGCAAGGACCAUGAAGAUGGACCCACCACCCUGUGCACCCUUAUCCAUAAAGUGUCCCACUUGAAACUCUCUAGCACAGGCAGCCUUUUGGGUAUCAAAAAUCUCUCCUCUGCAGUAAAGGAGCUUGCUGUCUCCAAGUUGCAGGGAAGCUCGAGUGCUUCUGGCUCAGCAGCAGGGGCUUCAGACAACACAUGUAACCUUGUCUCUGCCACUUCGUGUUCUCAGCAGGACGUGAGCAAGAUGAGUAUGGGGAAAAAAACACGGUCAGAGGAAAUGAACCCGGGAGGUGAAGACUGGAAUCAAAGUAGCAGCUUUGUCAGUAAACCCUCUCGGGGAUGGCUGCACUCGAGUGAGAAGAUCCUGGGACCUGGUGUGACGUACGUUGUGAAGUACUUGGGAUGUAUAGAAGUCUUACGCUCAAUGAGAUCUCUUGACUUCAGUACUAGAACACAGAUUGCAAGGGAAGCAAUCAGUCGUGUUUGUGAAGCCAUGCCUGGUGCCAAAGGAGCGUUCAAGAAACGAAAGUCAGCAAGCAAAGUCCUUUCUAGCAUCCUGGGAAAGAGCAAUCUUCAGUUUGCAGGAAUGAGCAUAAUGCUGAAUAUCUCCACCACCAGUUUAAACCUAAUGACUCCUGACACAAAACAGAUCAUAGCAAAUCACCAUAUGCAAUCUAUUUCCUUUGCAUCUGGAGGUGAUCCGGAUACAACUGACUAUGUUGCAUAUGUAGCUAAGGAUCCUGUUAAUCGGAGAGCUUGUCAUAUACUGGAAUGCUCUGAUGGCCUGGCCCAGGAUGUCAUCAGCACCAUAGGGCAAGCAUUCGAGCUUCGGUUUAAGCAAUACUUGAGAUGCCCUUCUAAGAUACCUACUUUCCAUGAUAGGAUGCAGAGUUUUGAUGAGCCAUGGAUGGAGGAAGAUAAUGAGCCAACAGAACAACAUGCCUAUUACAACAACAUCCCAAAUAAAAUGCCCCCCCCUGGCGGCUUCAUUGAUGCCAGGCUCAAAGCAAGACUUCCCACUGCUGCAGAUACAGCUCAGUCUGCAGCAGGACUGGGAGGAGAGCAAAUCUAUUACCAGAAUCGUCACUUAGGAGACAAAUUCGGUGAAGACUGGCAUCAUGUGCCUGUUAAGCAAGGAUCUCUGGAUAUGCUGGAAGAGAAAUCACAAGUAACCUCAACAGCAAAAAUGCCAACAUACGUAAACACCCAGCAUAUAGAUGUAGAAGCUCUACUGGCACUUCAUGCAGAUGCUGAAAGUACCUUCAGUGGAACAGCAGAUGAUACCAAAGCAAGCAGCCCAGGAAAGGAUCUGUUUGACAUGAAACCGUUUGAAGAUGCCCUCAAGAACCAAACAUCUGCGGCUGCAUUGAGGAAAUCCACCUCCACAGGAUGCACCAGUCCUCUUUUAUCCAGACGAGCUGACUGGACUGUAGCUGAAGACCUGAGUGCAGAGCCGUGGUACCAAGGAGAGAUGAGCAGGAAAGAAGCAGAACAGCUAUUAAAGAAAUGUGGAGACUUCCUCGUGAGGAAGAGUACCACGAAUCCUGGCUCCUAUGUGCUGACAGGCCUGCACAAUGGACAAGCCAAGCAUCUUCUUUUGGUGGACCCAGAAGGAACUGUUCGCACAAAAGAUCGUGUCUUUGACAGCAUAAGUCAUCUCAUCAAUCACCAUCUUGAGAAUAAUUUGCCAAUAGUUUCUUCUGGGAGUGAGCUCUGCCUGCAGCAGCCUGCUGAGAGGAAGUACUGA